AAAUUUGUAUUCAUUAAUAUUUUUUCAUAUAUAUAGGAACGAGUCUGAAUUUAUUCAAAAAAUCGUUCAAGACAUCUCAAAAAUACUACAACAUUCAUAUUUACAUGUUGCAAAGUAUCCAGUUGGACUAAGGUACUCCCAGGUACAGAAUAUCGUGAAUUUGUAUUUAAGUGUUGGGAGAAAUGACGUACGAAUGGUAGGGAUCUUAGGAGCUCCUGGUAUUGGUAAGACAACUCUAGCCAAAGCAAUUUAUAACUCGAUUGCUUUUAAAUUUGACGCUAGUUGUUUUCUUGGAAAUAUUAGUGACACUUCAAGUCAAGCAUAUGGUUUGGUCCAACUGCAAGAGACCCUUCUCUCUAAGAUCUUGGGAGACUGUAGAAGUUUAAAGGUUGACAAUAUUUCUACAGGAAUCAAUAUGAUAAAGCAUAGGCUUCGUUCUACAAAAGUUCUUCUUAUUCUUGAUGAUGUUGACCAUUUGACCCAAUUAGAAACAUUAGCCAGAGGUCACGAUUGGUUUGCUAAAGGAAGUAGAAUCAUCAUCACAACAAGAGAUGAGCGCUUGCUGACUACUCAUGGAGUUGAUUCAACAUACAAGAUGACGGGAAUGACUCGAGAUGAUGCUUUUAAACUAUUUUGCAUUCAUGCUUUCAAAAGAGAGAAACCAGUUGAAGGUUAUGGAAAUUUUGUAGAACAAAUCUUAAAUUAUGCUGGGAGCCUUCCACUAGUUUUAACGGUGCUUGGUUCAGAUUUAUAUGGUAGAACUAAAAAAGAGUGGGAAAGUGCAUUGAAUCAGUACAGGGAAAUCCUUCACCAGGAUAUUCAAGAAAUACUUCAAACAAGUUAUGAGAGAUUAAGUGGUAAUGAAAAGAAUAUUUUUCUUGAUAUUGCAUGUUUUUUCAUUGGAGACAUGUUUGAUGAUGUCGUUGAGAUGCUUGAUAGUUUUGGUUUUUACCCGAACGUUUGGAUCCCAAGACUUAUGGAGAAGUGUCUUAUUUCCAAGUUCAACAAAAGAUUGCAAAUGCAUGACUUGUUACGAGAUAUGGGUAGAGAAGUUGUUCGAUGAAAAUCACCAAAUAUUCCCAGAGAGCGUAGUAGACUGUUCAUUCCUGAUGAAGUUCGCGCUGUACCUGAGGACGAUACAGGAAGGAUCAACGUUGAAGCAAUACUGGUGGAUUUGCCUGAAGGUGAUGACAUUAUCCACUUGAGUCCGAGGGCCUUUGAAAAUAUGAGAAGACUCAGAUUCUUUAGAGUCUGCAAUGCACACUUUUUUGGAGAUCAACUUGAGUCACUACCUGAUGAAAUAAGAGUGAUUGAUUGGCCCGAAUGUCCUUUGCAAUAUCUGCCACCUAAAUUUCGUGGAAACAAACUCGUUGUUUUACGAAUGCCCGAUAGUCUCAUCCAACCGAUUCGCUUCGAAUUUAAGAAACUUACGAUUAUGGAUUUUUCAGAUUGUCAAUUAUUAAUGGAAAGCCCGGAUAUUUCAAGC